CGGGCCCUGCAAUCACGUCGAGAGAUGCUCCAGGAGAAGGCCUCAGCUGUGACGGAUGACAGUGUGACUGGGGCCCAGACUGAAGGGCCCCCAGAACUUGUCCACAACUCUUCACAUCUGGCCCUGCCUACAACUCCCAGCAUUCCUCAGGGAAAUGAACCUAACCAGAAUAUUGAGAGUAUCAAGGUACUUCUACAUGAAAGGGAGUUAUGGAAGAAGUUUCAUGAGGCUGGUACAGAAAUGAUCAUAACUAAAGCAGGCAGGAGGAUGUUCCCAAGCUACAAGGUCAAGGUAACGGGGAUGAACCCAAAGACCAAGUACAUCCUCCUGACAGAUAUUGUACCAGCCGAUGACCAUCGCUACAAGUUCUGUGACAACAAAUGGAUGGUAGCUGGUAAGGCAGAGCCUGCAAUGCCAGGUAGACUAUACGUUCACCCAGACUCCCCUGCUACAGGAGCUCACUGGAUGAGACAGCUGGUGUCAUUCCAGAAGCUAAAGCUUACCAACAAUCACCUGGACCCCUUUGGCCAUAUCAUCCUCAACUCUAUGCACAAGUACCAGCCCAGACUGCACAUUGUCAAGGCAGAUGAGAACAACGCGUUUGGUUCAAAGAACACGGCCUACUGUACUCACGUCUUUCACGAGACUGCCUUCAUCUCCGUCACAUCCUACCAGAAUCAUAAGAUCACUCAGUUGAAGAUUGAGAACAAUCCAUUUGCCAAGGGUUUCCGUGGCAGUGAUGAAGGGGACCUGCGUGUCUCAAGACUCCAGGGGAAAGACUACCCAGUGAUUUCUAAGAACAUGGUACGUCAGAGGCUCAUAUCUUCACACAGUCACCUGGCAGGAAAGUUGGGAGCCGGCGUUCUGACAGGGCAUCCCCAAGUCCUGUCCCAUUAUCAGUAUGAAAGUGGAGUCCCCCUGUCCAACUCAGACCACCAGGAUCACCUCUCCAACCCCUUCCCUCCGAGCAGAGAACCUGGGCUGCUCUAUCAUUGCUUUAAACACAGAGAUAAUGCCAGGCACUUGGAACUGGGGUGUAAACGUCCAUACUUGGAGACAGCAGCGCCCGCAGCCCCUGAAGACCACUACUUCCGAUCCCCUCCUUCCUAUGAGCCACCAUUGCUAUCUCACCCUUACUGCGGUGAGACAUUAAGCACUAGGGAGGCCUGCAUGUACGGCAGCAUGGAAGGGGAAACAGGUGCUGGGGCAGGCGGAGCGGAAGACCUGACUCCCCCACCACUGAAUAUGUGGGCAUCAGUGCAGCCUUAUCCUCGCUACAGUAUGCAAACAGUAGACGCUGUCCCAUACCAGCCCUUCACCGCCCAUUUCACCAGCACUGCCACCGCCACUUCUGUGGUGCCACACCACUCCGCCUCUAUGGCUCCGCGCCCUCAGUCUGACUUAGGGCUCUACAGCCCGGCCUCAGGCCAGCGAGGCCUCACCGCCAUACCCUCUUCGUCCUCCUCUUCAUCUUCCUCUCCACUUGUUGCAGGCUCCAGGGACAGGGUGGCCCAUCAACCUCUCUACCACAGAAAGCCAGGGUCACCUCUCCGGCCUCACAGGGAUUUCUCGACUUUCCCGACACAGACUGGUCCAUCCAUCCGUGACCCCUCCUAUCAGUAUCAGAUGGGACUGAGCACUGUUGGGGCCCACUGGACAGAGAGCUAAUGAGUCACACCCCAAAGACAGUGGUGGUGUCCACUCAGCCCACCCACAGCCAGCCAAG